GGAGUGAGUGAGAAAGCAGAGGGAGAGGAGAGAGAAAUAAUAGACGGUAGGGAUGUGUGUGAGUGUGAGUGUGAGUGUGCGGUGAUCGGUGCUGCAGGUACAGUCAGAGCCGAAUAAAGGUUUUGUAGCCGCACCGGACCGCGGCAAAACCGCCUCAGAGCCUGCCUCUCUCCUCUUCAUCCCUUCCGAAAAAGCCCUCCGCAAUGUCUGGCGGAGGAGAGGUACGCGUCCUCCGCCAAGAGCCCGGGCAAGAGAGCCCGCGGAUGCCGGCCUGGAAGCGAGAGAUCCUGGAGAGGAGGAAGGCGAAGGGCGGCGGGUCUGGAGGAGCCGGUGCCGUGGAGACAAGCCCCGGAGGGGCGGGCUCGCAGCGGGUUAACGGUGAGCUGACGGGAAAUGUGAACGGCAGUGCCAGCAGCGGACCCAAGCAAGACAGCGGACCGAGCGGAGGGUCCGGGCGGAGCUACACCAUCACCACAGCCAGUCAACACUUCGCGAACAACAAAGAGCUACGGCCGACAGACGCGGAGAGGACGACACCGAGGGAGUACGACAGACAGGAGAGCCUGGUGCUACAAGAAAGCCUGGGCCCUCUGGAGGAGAACCCCUUCAUCAAGCUUGAGAAGGAGCGGAGGAGGCGACAGGACCGAGAGAACGCCGCUCGUCCGGUCCAGCACAUCCUUGAGCUGUAUGGCAGUGUACCCGGUAUACGGACUAUCCGCGCAGAGAAUAUUAUCAUAAUUGAGUCGGACCCGGAUUACUUUCCGGAAGCUGGAGGGGGAAAAAGCGGGUCCAAGUGGCAGCACAACGGUGUCAGUAGUUACAGCUCUCUGAAUGACCUCCUGGACCGAAGAGGCAGUGCUGUUACUGAGAUAAGAGCCAAGGAAGUGGUAAUUUAUGACACCACGUUAAGCAAGAGUGAGGAGAACUUGAGCACCUUGGGCCGCACUGAUCAUGAGGCCCCAUCAUAUGAGACAGGUGAGGGUCAAGGAAGGGUUAGCCGGAUGCUGCAAAAGUUUGACAGCAACUAUGGGAAGCUGCAGAAGAAGUCCCACAGUACAGAGAACCUGCUGGACCUGGAUUGUGGUGCCAGCUGCAGGCCACGGCUCUGGUCCAGGCCACAGCCAGAUCUGGUGCCAAAGAUCAGGCCAGGCCCCUUGGUCAGCAGCCCAGGCAGCAGCCAGCCAUCGUCGCCUGUCUUCCAGAGUCCCUCGUCUUCCAGAUCAAAGCCACAACCUUCUUUCUCUGAACUGGGCAGCCCCCAGCGCCUUGCCGGGCCCCCUCAGCCUGUGUCUUCCUUCCGUCAGCGGUUUGAGGAGAGUGGAGGUCACGGAGAUGAGCCAGACGAACGAACGGAGCCCAUCAGAGAGAGAGAAUUGGAGGGCUCUGAGGUGCCAUGCUCGCCAGAGACCCGUCGUGUUCGUGCCGAGCCCCCCUCCAGCCCCAGCUCAUUCAAAGUGUCCCGUUCCUCAUCUGACUAUGAGAUCCGUCCCUCCCCAAAGCCAGACCUCAACCGAAUUCCUGACGGGGACACCCAGGCUCGGGCCCUCGCAAACCUGCGCCUGCAGUCCCGCAACUCCUUCACAGUGAUCCCCAAGCGCCGUCUUGCUGCCUCAAAUGCAACAGGCAGCUCAGCACCGUCCAGCCCUGUCAAGUCUUCCCCUUCCCACAGAGUGGCAGAGGAGCCCACGCCAGGAGUGCCAACCUCGACAUACUCAAAGAGGAACGAGGAGAAACUGCAGGAGGAGAAGGAAGUCGAGAGGCCGCCGAGGCUAUCCAAGCCUACAUCUCCUUCUGUUGCCACAAGUCCUGCACCACCUCCGACCUCAGAGCCUUUGUCUCCAUCUCCAUCUCCUGCUCCAACCCCAGCUCCCUUCUCUCCACCUGCUCCGUCUUCACCCUCCUCUUCUCCAGCUGGCCCAUCUUCACCCUCCUUCUCUUCAGUUCCCGUAGACUCUCCAGCCCCAUCUCCUGUCCCUACACCCUCCCCGGCUCCAGAGCAGCCUCCCGUGGACCGACUGCCUGUAACAAACAUAGAUGACAUUGAAGUGGAGCCCCAGCAGCAGUGUGUCCCUGCUCCCAGCCCUAUGGGGCAGAGGAGAAAGGGGAACACCUUCACUGUGGUCCCUAAACGUAGGGUGGAGGCCGAGGGCCAGCCAAGCUCACCUGAACCCCAGCAGGAAGCCUCAAGUGAGGCUCCUCCGGGGUCCACGCCGCCACAGGCCCCGUAUGCUCAGCUGGGCUCUCUGCUGAAGAAACGCUACCCUGCUGCGGAGGAGAUCGAGGUCAUCGGUGGGUACCUUUCCCUCGCGAAGUCCUGCAUCUCCAAGACGGGCUCCAUGGGCAAGAAGCUCAAGAUCUCAUUCAACGAGUCCAGUCUUCAGAGUACGUACGAGUAUCCUUCAGAGAGCAGCGCAUGGGACAGCGGGGACGAGGACGAGGAGGAGAAACAAGACGGGAAGGUGGCGGACGAACAGCCGAGCAUGGUGGGUCGCAUCCACAUCCCUCGACCCAGUUUCACCGGCUCGCCGACGCAAACAAACAACAGUAAUGACCUUUCCAGCUACAUUCCCAAGCACUCUGUGGACUUCAGCGCCUGGCAGGAGCACAAACAUGAUGACAGUGUUUACCAGGAGGACACCACUUCCCAACAGACGCAGAUGACCGAGGAAGUUAUGCUGACACCCGCAGACAGCUCCUCCCUGUCCGACUACAGCAGCGAGCCCGCUCUUUACUUCUGAUCCGUCGGACCGGUCAGCUGUCCAGUAGCAUCACAGCUGUGGGACCAGAGCCCAGCGAGGCCUGAGCCGCCUGCAGCUCUACACUCCGUCUCUAAGCACAUCGUCCUGAUCAGACAGGAAACACAGUAUUUUGUUUGUUUGUUUUUUUGGCUGAUUUCCUGCCACGGAACCACCACACGCCACGUCAUCAACGCAUAUCAGAGCAGAUGAGCUUUUCGCCAGGUUCCAUUCCCACUUUCUUCCUGACCAAACCAAUCUAAAAAGCAGCUGGACUGUCUUUACCCUACGCUCCCGGACAGUUGAUCUGUCGGCCUUCAUCAUCGUCACUCACAGAACGACGGACAGAAAACCGAUUGUCAAAAUCUGCCUGUCCUCUCCAGACUCUGGAAGAAGUCCGCCGGCUUCACGUCCCCCGUCCUGUGAUUCUCUGCUUCCAAGUCUUCAACGUUUGCUUCAGGUUUAUGGGAGAUAUUGACAAAGUGAAGGAGCUUAAAAAGAACAGGAAGCCGCCAGUGCCCACGUGUAGGUGACGCCACGGUGACAGUGUUAGCAUGGAAACAUGUCAUGUAGGACGUGGAGGACGCGUCUGCUUGUGCAGACCGCCGGCACACUCAAACACAAAAACAAAAAAGGUGAAAGGGUGCCACAAUUGUAGUUUUUUUGUUUUUGUACCUGCAUGUUUUGAUUUCUGCCAACAAGCUUGGUUGGUUCUCCUUUACUGUAAAGCUUCUGUAUGCCUUUUUAGUUUCCGUAUGUUGUUUUGGCAAACUAUGCUGUAUUAAAGCUGCUGGACCUUCAGCAGAAGAGUCUUAACAGCAAGCAAACUUCAACACACUUUCCCCUCUUUGUGACGAGGGAGGGGGAAUAUGCACCCCAGGGAAGAUGAUUUCUGAUUACACGCUUGAAAAAGUGACCUUGGCCAAUAAUGUCUGUAUGUCCGUAUCGCUGGUGACGAAACAAAAAUCAUCAUACUGUAGAAUGUUUCCGUAUAUCCUCUAUCAAGGUGUCUGCGUCACGUUUAAAAGCUGUUCGACCUCCUGACACCGCUUUAUUUCCUGGCUUCUCGUGUAUUUAUUCCUGCUUAAAGUUGAAGUUUGCAUGUCUGAGACCUGCUCAUGUACAAAAACCACUUUUGUAAAGACCAAUUUGCUGGUGUGGACGGACGUUUUUUGUUGUUUUCCAGUCGGACCUCACGUACUUUCACAUUCCACGGAGAAAGAAGUCGGUCCAUCGAAGUAACGAAGGCAACAACGGUUAUGAUUAUUCAUAAUAUGGCGUGUUUGUGAGAGCGAAUGCAAGAUUGUGUGUGUUUUGAAAGAAUAUGUAAUGAUUUUUUUUAAUUCCGAUUGUUUUAUAGACAAUGCACCAUGUUUUCAGAUGAUUUGUUUUCUUUUUUUAAACUCAUAAUGCCAAGUGAUUAAAGUGUUGCUGUAACAGCCUCACAGUCAUUCUUCACACGCCCAGGAUCCACCCGUCCCUCGGCCAGUAUUGUUGUACAGUUUCCACCAUAUUUUCAUAAGAUUUAUUUCUUACUCCUGUCCUUUCAUUUCAUUUCUCCAAUCAGAUGAAAUUUGUUCAGUCCUCAAGGUUGGAUCUUUGCUGUUAGGAGAUGAGACGUUUUGUCUUUGUCCCAGGAAUUUAGGAAUUCUCUGUUUUGUCUGGAGUCUUGGAUGUUUAAUGUCUUGGCACUGUCUUGCUUUUAGCUUUGUUUUGCACCUCAUGAGAAGGCAACAGGAUACGUGCACUUAAAAGAACAAGAAGUCAAGUUGAAGAGUUUUGUUUCGAAACAAACGCCACUAUUGACAGCUGUUAUUAUGCACACAUUGAUUGUAUGUCAGAUACAGUAGAUGAGUGAGAGGCCUUGGUUGGUGGAAGAACACCUUUUAGACUGCGGGGAUGGAUUAUUUUUAAAACGCAAACUGACUGAAUAGCAUUUUGGACUAGAACACUUCAAUUGCACAUGAUGAAUGCACUACCGAUGAAUGCCAUGUCCACUUUUCUUUACUGUUCGCCGCAGCCUUGCAUCAAAAAGUUUUUUGAUUGUCGGCCUUGUCGCUGUGACCACAAACUGUUGCCCAAGUAGCGUUCCACACGGGUCCAGGGCUUCACGUUUGUUCUGAAUUUACUCCAAACAUGCUUCUUUUUAGCCAGUUGAGCUGAUGUACAUUAUCUUCCAAGGACCAUACCAGUGAUUUAGCAUGUUUCAGCCCAUAUAGUACAAAUCACACAUAUUUACUGCUACCCAUUUUGCAAACUCUGCCACUGUGGUUUAGAAGUUUGAAUGUAUUUUUUUUAAACCAUUAAAGACAUCCAUUGGUUUCAACUCAAUUUUGAAAAUCUACUAGAAGUUUAAAGGAAUAUUUUACCCCCAAAUGGCUUAUUUAUAUAUCAAUUACUCCCCUCUGUGUAACCUUGACAUCUCAAAGAAAACUGUUUUUUUCGAAAGCCUUCACAGUGAACGAAGAGUUUAAAAACUGAGAAGAUGAACUGAAGUAAACGUGAGCCCCGUUUAAACGGCAAAACUAUAUCAAAACAUCCGUUUAAAAAUCAUUUUAAAACACUUCCGCAUAAACAGACUGGAUGAAUAAGACUUGGAUUAUACUGCACGAGUUGUGUGAAUAUCUAAACGGAUGUUAUGAUAUAGAUUUGCUGUUGUUAAACACGCCCCCCUCCCCCCCCCCUCCCUCAUUUACUUAUCAAUUCAUGCUAGACAUAUUUGAGUCUGUACCAAAAAGUACUGAUGUUGAAUAUCCAGCCCUAUACUGUGCAGUGCAGACUUUUCUAAUUAAUUUGCAAUUUAAACUACAUUACCAUCAUACAUUACCAUAAUGUAGGGCCACUAUAAAGUAACUGACAAAUCAAUGUGGACUUGAUGUUCACGCUGAUGGAUUACACAACUCAAGAGUCGACUAAUACGUUUUGUUAGCAUGAAGACAUGAAAGGAAACCAAUGGCUGCUUGAAACAGGAGGAAAAACACAGUCAGCAGAAAUGUAAAGUACACAUAGUUAGUAAACACAUUGGUUCUUUAAGUUGAAUUUGGCCCACAGAGAGCAUCACUUUACCUGCUGUGGAGCUAACAGUGACACGACGACACGCCUGUGGAUCCAUCUGUGGUAACGGCUGCCUUCAACGUCCAAAACACAAAAAAGGACAUCCACUCUUAGUGGAAGUCUUUAGCUCUCUGUCUGUGAACUGAAGCAGUGAAUUGUGGGUAUCCCCACGGAUCGUCUUAAAUGAGACCAGCGAAGACUUUUCUGAUGGCGCUGGUGGGACUUGACACACGACUGGACUUCUGAAGUGUACUUGCGGCCUCUCGCUGCAGUGUUUUCCCAUCUGCCUCCUGCUGUUGCAAAGUGAGCAGUUUGUGUUGGUCACACUGUAGCGCCUCCGUGGUAGAAGCUCGUCCUCUUGUUCCCCCUUUACUUUUCCCCCUAGUCUGUAAAUCUAAAUCGCAGCAGAUGUGCUUACUGUAGUUAUUGUCAAUGAUUUGGGCAACUAAAACAAGACUAAAGUGAUGUCAUACAUGUACAAAUGAAAGCUCAAUAAAUAGAAGACUUGAACAAAUGUCAA